UUUUAUGGCUCUGAAACACAGUCUGGACCAGAUAUAUAUUGAUAUUCAUAGCUUAAAAGGAAAAAACAAAUAUAUCCAAUUUUGUUUGUAAUGUUCUUUUUUGGCUUUUAACUGAUAAGAAAGUUUAAGUGGAUUUAUCAAUGAUCAUAUCAUUUCCCCAGCCUGCAAAAUCUGAUCUCUUCUGACUCCUUUGCAUUUCCUUCCUUUUUAGUCUUUUUGUUUGCUAUUUUCCCACAAUCAUGCCCCUCGAUUCCCACCCCUCUUUUCCAAUAUCUAAUAUUAUCCUCAAUUUAUUCUUUUUUAUUCUUUUUUUUUUAUAUAGUCAAUAGUAUAUUCUUUUCUUGAAAUCUGAAUAAGAAGAAAAAGGACAUUUUUUAAUCAUCUGUUCAUGUUGUCCCUUGUCAUUGAGGUUUUCUUGGUUGUCAUGAUGGUGAUGGGUUGGCUUGCUUUUGGUUCAUGGGAAUUCAGUCUUUUCUAGAUUCUUACUCGUACAUGAUAUCAAUUUUUUUUUUACCUUGUUUCUUCUUUAUUUAAAUUUUCUGUCUUUUUCUAUCCUGGGUCUUGCUCAGAAUUCAGGUUUCUUUGGUCAUCAUAUGGAUUUCUUGUGGCAGGCAAAUGCAGAUUUCAAAGCAAGGUUAGACCUUUAGCCAAUUUCCUCUUCUUCUGUCUCUCUCAACAAUACUUGGUUUUUGCAUUAUUCGUAUUUUCCUUUGGAUUAUCUGUUGGUUUCUUUUGUUAGGCUGACAAAGAUAAAGAGAGAAGAUUUAUUGAUUCUGACAUCCAAGAGACGUUUUGGUGUCUUACCAACUCUAGAUACCUGUAAUUUCCAAGGUUGUAGUGAUUAUAGGACUUGGCAUGUGCUAAAUCUGUGUUAAAUUCUCCUAUGAUCUCUUUCAAUGAUGUUGGUUUUGAGAAGCCUGUAAGCUUGUGAAUUUUGAAUGGACCUGUCCUCCAACUGUAAGCCUUCGAGGUUAUUCGGUUGCCAUUUGACUUCUGUAACAUGCAAAUGUCUUGCUUUUGUCACAAUUGCUCUGUUUUUCAGAGCUAUCUUGCUUCAUUCAUUCUCUGGCUACGGUGUGGUUGAAUGGAACAAUCUAGACUUGAUUUCAAGACCUUUAUUGUUGAACUCUGAUGAUGGGAUUCGUAGAGAGAAGUUUGUGGAGGUUCCUCAAAUUGUGUGGGGACUAAAUAAUCAGAAGAUAGCAUUUGCAAGAUCUUGUCUUACUGCUAGAAUGCUUAACCGAACUCUUUUGAUGCCUAGCUUAAGUGCUUCACUUUUCUACAAGGAAAUUGACCGCUUGAAGCCUAUUUCCUUUGAUAAAGUCUUCCAAUUUGAAAAGUUUAAUUCACUUUGUAAUGGGUUUGUGCGAUUGGGUCGUUACUCGGAUCUUAAGAAUCAAACAGGAAUAUAUGAUCUCCAGAAGGGAAGUGGAAGAAAGUGGACAGUUGAGAGAGACCUGGAGCAGUUGAAGCAAAGCAGCAAAGGUCCUGUUGAUAAGCAUGAAGUGAUUAGAUUUGUUGGAAAGAAUCCGUUUCUUUGGCAUGAUCAUUGGCCUGUUAAGGACUAUGCAAGGGUCUUUGAGUGCUUGGUUUUGGUUGAUGAGAUAGCAAAAGAAGCAGAUAAAGUUGUGUCCAAGAUUAGGCAGAUAGGAAGAAAGCUUCGGAUCAAAACUGAGGCAGUUCAAAACAAUUUUGAUGCGGAGGUUUCUUCACUGCCACCGGCUCCUUACGUAGCAGUCCAUAUGAGGGUAGAAAUAGACUGGAUGAUUCACUGUAAGAAACUAGAGCAAAGAUCAGGCAUAAGCCAAAUUUGUAGCAGCAAGCAAGAAAUUAUGGAAAGAGUGGGGAACAUUGCCAGAUUAGAAUCUCCCACUGUUGUUUAUCUUGCUGUUGCCGAUAGCCUCCUUAACGAUUCUUCAAUAUUGGGUGGUUGGAAGAAAGGAUUGCUUCUUUUUGAGAAGAAAAAAUUAGCGGUUGAUGGAAUUUACAAGAAGCAUCCAUAUCUCAUUCAGUCAGCAAUUGACUAUGAGGUGUGCUCAAGGGCUGAUAUAUUUGUGGGCAACAGUUUUUCCACUUUUUCUAGCCUCAUAGUUCUUGAGAGGACACAAAAAAUGAUCAGAAUGGGCAUCACAAGCACAUGUGACAUCGAUGUUCGGUGGCCAUCUUAUGCAUACAACGUACCCGGGGAAUUAAACCGGCCUAAGAAAUGGAUGACUAAUAUGUCUGAUGCAAGUCUCAAAGCAAUUAGUUAUGGUUCCAAUGCCAUCUCAUGUUGAAGUUUAUCGCAUACUAUAUGUAUCUUUCGCAGCUUUUCCCCAGUUGCUGAUCAUAUUAUCACUGCAUGUUCAGCAUUUUUGAACCCAUUUCAUCCUGCUGGUUGAAUGGAUUAAAGGAUAUAGUGAACAUAUCAAGAUACAGCUGAAUACCGAAAUAAUAGGUACAGUUUUCAUUUUUGUAAUUUUGGUGUUUUGCUCACUUUUUUUUUGAUAUAUGUCACUUGUUCUUAGCGAACAUAUUCAUCUUGAAGCCAUAGUCCAAAAUUUUGCUUAUUUUUUGCUUAAUAUCCUCAAAAAAAUUCAUUUAGUUACUGGUUUCUAUUGACAAUUGAAAAGAUGUAGUCUUUACACCGAUUCUUGUUGUUGGAUUACCUUCAAACUAAUGCUCUAUAUGAUCUUAAUCUUUUAUUAAUUUUUUUGUACAAA